AUGGCUGAAGAACAAGUUGAUAUCCCACAAGAAGAAAUCGUGGAAGAAGAAUUCGAGGUUGUUCAAGAACCAGUUGAAGUUAAAUUUGUUGAAUUAGCUACUCCAAUCCCAGAAGAAGUUCAACAAGCUCAAGCUCAAAUUAAAUUAUUCAACAAAUGGUCAUAUGAAGAUGUUACCGUUAAAGAUAUCUCUUUAACUGAUUACAUUCAAAUCUCAAAACCAGUUUUCGUUUCCCACACUGCUGGUCGUUACGCUGCUAAAAGAUUCAGAAAAUCUCAAGCUCCAAUCAUUGAAAGAUUAACUAACUCUUUAAUGAUGAACGGUAGAAACAACGGUAAAAAAUUAAAAGCUGUUAGAAUCGUCAAACACACUUUAGAAAUCAUCAACGUUUUAACUGAUCAAAACCCAUUACAAGUUGUUGUUGAUGCUAUUGUUAACACUGGUCCAAGAGAAGAUUCUACCAGAAUUGGUUCAUCAGGUACCGUUAGAAGACAAGCUGUUGAUGUUUCUCCAUUAAGAAGAGUUAACCAAGCUAUUGCUUUAUUAACCAUUGGUGCUAGAGAAGCUGCUUUCAGAAACAUCAAAACCAUUGCUGAAUGUUUAGCUGAAGAAUUAAUUAACGCUGCUAAAGGUUCUUCAACUUCUUAUGCUAUCAAAAAGAAGGAUGAAUUAGAACGUGUUGCUAAAUCUAACCGUUAA